GUUUACCUGCUUUGUCAGCCGACUCCCUGCAGUUUUUUCUGUGAUUCUCGUCUCAUACUGCCACAAACCUUGGACUUUGGCCGCGGCUUUGGUUUGCUCCAAGGUCUUUAUCAGCAAUUCUAUCUUGCAAAGGCGUUGUUAUUAUAAAUUUUAUUCCCCCUUACUGCUGCCAGGGGCUCUCGGGGACUUUGAACGGGAGAACACAGAGUCCAUAGUUUUUUCCUCUGAUUUUUUUCUUACUUCCUCCAGCGAACAAGGAAAGAUGACGUUAAAGUCCAAUAAAAACGAAGCUGCUGUCAUUCUGGAGCCUGUCAGCAGUGUUCGCUCAGCUCUCUCCGACCUCUACCUGGAGCAGCUUCUUCAAAACAAACCAAAGUCUGACAAGGGAGCUAUGCAAGCCCAGGAGAAUAAAGGAGCUGCGGAUUAUGCCAACGGCGGCGCUGGACACAUGAACGGCACGGAGUCGUCAAGAAUGAGAGAAGUGGCAUUCGAAAAGAACCCAUCAGAACCAAUGGGGGUCACGCUGAAGCUGAACGAGAAACAAAGGUGCACAGUGGCGAGAAUAUUACAUGGAGGCAUGAUUCACAGACAAGGCUCUUUACACGAAGGGGAUGAAAUAACAGAAAUCAAUGGGAAAACUGUAACAAACCAAAGCGUUGACCAGCUCCAGAAAAUUCUGAAAGAAACCAGCGGUGUUGUAACAAUGAAGAUCAUUCCCAAUCUGCAGAGUCACUCCAAAGCCUGUGAGAUGUACAUGAGGGCUCAGUUUGCCUAUGACCCCAUGAAAGAUGACCUCAUUCCAUGUAAAGAGGCAGGUCUGAAGUUUCAGACUGGGGACAUCAUUCAGAUCAUCAACAAGCAGGACCCGAACUGGUGGCAGGGGAGAGUGGAGAGCGGCACUGCUGACUUUGCAGGACUGAUUCCAUCUCCGGAGCUCCAGGAAUGGAGAGUGGCAAGUAAGAGCAAAGCCAGAGAAAGCAAUCAGUCGUGCAGUCCAUUUGGAAAGAAAAAGAAGUGCAAAGACAAGUACCUGGCUAAACACAGCUCCAUUUUUGAUCAACUGGAUGUCAUUUCCUAUGAGGAGGUUGUGCGUCUUCCUGCUUUCACAAGAAAAACACUCAUUCUCAUCGGAGCACCUGGUGUCGGAAGGAGACACAUCAAACAUGCCCUGCUGACUAAAUAUCCAGAGAAGUUUUCCUAUCCUGCACCACACACCACCAGACCCCCACGUAAGGAUGAGGAGAACGGACAGGAGUAUUAUUUCAUCUCCAACGAAACCAUGACUAAAUGCAUCUCUGAGAAUGAACUGCUGGAGUAUGGCAGCUUUCAGGGAAACAUGUUUGGCACCAAAAUUGAAACUAUCCAGAAGAUCCACGAGCAGGGCAAAAUUGCCGUUUUGGAUGUGGAGCCACAGACACUGAAAGUUUUGAGGACUGCUGAUUUUGCUCCCCUCGUGGUCUUUGUUGCUCCCACCAACACAGCUUCUCAGACGGAAAACCUGCAAAUGAUCCAGAAAGAGUCUGAGGCCAUUCAGGUCACAUACGGACACUACUUUGAUGUAGUCCUCGUGAACAAUGACGUUGAUGAAAGUGUCAAAGGUGUAGAGGAGGCCCUGGAGCGAGCCAGCUCCACCCCACAGUGGGUGCCAAUAUCAUGGGUGUACUGACAGCCACGUGUCUCACCUGCCGUACUUAAUGUUUAAUGAAAAGCAGUGCAAUAUCACUCUUAUUUCAAACAAAAACCUCCUCAGAUGUCCCAGAUGUGUUUGAGUUUUUCUAAGUAAACGGUCACUGAGAUUUUUAUUUUGCAAGUGAACCUAAAAGCAAUAUGUGCAAAAUUGUAUUUUAGAGAGUUGAGAACCUCAGUAAGACGUGCUUGAUCAGGGUGUUUGUGUGUAUGUGCUUUAAGUCUUCGGGGAUUGUAUUGGUGCUGCGCAGAUGCACAAUAGGACCACAACUGUGAAUAAAAUCCUAAAUUUUAAAGAACAGGAUUUUCCCGUGUAAAACACUGAUUUUUGGAUUGAUGGACUUCUUAUUAAUUGAGCUUAUUGGAAUGUGCCAUGAAACACAUACUUUGAAAAUUGUUCCGUAACAUCAUAGAAUUAUAAUGUCACUCAGUCACAGCCUUUUCUAAUUGGAAAACCGUAACCGCACUUUUAACAGAAAAUAAAUUUAUCUGCUCUGUCACA